CAACAGCGAAUGAACGACGUUGCUUGCUAGUCACGUGCUUUGUUCUCUUCCUGGAUCUCCUCUUUUCGACCUUCGCCGGUAUCAUGGAGGAGUACACCCGGGAACCCUGUCCCUGGAGGAUUGUAGAUGACUGUGGUGGAGCCUUCACUAUGGGUAUCAUCGGAGGGGGCAUUUUUCAGGCCAUCAAGGGCUUUAGAAACUCCCCUCAAGGUAUGAAGCACCGAAUGAAGGGCAGCUUUGUUGCUAUACGCACCCGGGCUCCACAGCUGGGAGGCAGCUUUGCAGUGUGGGGCGGUCUUUUCUCCAUGAUAGACUGCAGUAUGGUAAAAAUACGAGGAAAGGAGGAUCCCUGGAACUCCAUUACCAGUGGUGCUAUGACUGGGGCCAUCCUGGCUGCCAGAAAUGGUGCCGUUGCCAUGGUAGGCUCUGCAGCAAUGGGUGGAAUUCUGCUAGCCCUGAUAGAAGGAGCUGGAAUCUUAUUGACGCGAUUUGCUUCUUCACAGUUUGCAAAUGGUCCACCAAUACCAGAGGACUCAUCCCAGCUUGGCCCAGCCUCCCCCUUCACUGGCUACCAGCAAUACCAGUAAAGGACUUAAGACACAUUAUCGUAAACAACUACCGCCAUGUUCUGUUGCCUAUUUGGAUUUUUAGUGUCUGAAUUAAGCUUUUGGGCAUGGCUAUACAUGCAUGGACUAUGAAGGGCUCCUCCAAUGUGGCAAUAUGUCAAGAUGUUGGCAAAAAAUUUCCAAUAAUUUCAUUUACCUAUGAAUAAAAUCCUGGAUGGGGGUAUAAUUGGAUGAGUUUAUUUGGUUAAACCUUGCCCCACACAUUAUGUAACAUUGGGCAUUUAUUUUCCCAAUGAUAAAUAAAGACCCCCCCACAUGCUGCAGCAGAAUUUAGUACCCUUUCCAUGCUGGUUUUCAGUAUAUCUUCCUAUCCUGUUUGUAAUCCUAACCUAAUGCCCACAUACAGUUGGGCAAUUCUGUACACUCAGUAUAAUUUAUAUUUUGUAUCCAAUGGAUAUUGUGAUGUACACGAAUUCACGCAUAUUUUCAACUUUACAUGGAUGCUCUGUGUUCUGGUACUAAAAUACCAUGUUGGUGUUACAAGGUUCCUGUGUAUCGUUAUUUCACAUGAUGUAAUGUGUACAUUUCUUUAUCUGAAGUUGGCUGUAGUUUAGUGAAAACAACACUGCUUACCAUAACAAUGUACAUCACGGCCUUAUCUUCAAGUACAUAAGGUUAUAUUUCAUCUGUGCAAUAUACUAUAUUUUCCUCCACACUGAGUCAACUUUUCAUGUUAAUACAUUUUAGCAAAUUCUCCUUUUAGCAUACUGUACUCCUAUUUAAAUAAUAAAAAAGGAACAGAAAUGUGCUACCAUAAUUGCUGUUAUGUGUGCAGCGCCGCCAACGGUCCGCAUGUCAUUGAAUUGGCACCAUAGAGUUUGUUUGUCCAAUGCUGUCUCUUGUCGAGAGGUACCCUUAUUUAAUAUGCCCUUUGAGUGACAGAAAAUAGGAACCAUCUGCUUCCGGUGUAAACCUAAAAGUAAGCCGUGUUAUUUGUACAGCAUCACUCUUUAGAUACAUAACUUUUUCAUUGGUAUUGAAAAGCUUGAAAUAAAAUUAAAAAACAUAUAAAAUAAAUAUAUAACACUUA